AUGCUUUCGUUCAUCCUUUUUUCUUUCCUUCUUUCCUUCCUUUCUUCCCCCUUUUUUCCUUCUUUCUUUCUUUCUUCCAUUAUUCGUUAUUUUCCUUCCUUCCUUCCUUCCUGUUUUUUUUGUUCGUUAGUCCUCUUCCUUCCUUCUUUCGCUCCUUUUUCCUUCUUUUCUUUCUGGUAUUUUUCGUUAGUAUUCUUCCUUUCUUCCUUGUAUUUUGCAUUAGUCAUCUCCCUCCCUCCCUUCAUCCCUCCCUCCCUUCAUCCCUUCCUUCCUUGUAUUUUUCGACAUUCCUCUUUCUUCCUUCAUUCCUUCCUUCCUUGUAUUUUUCGAUAUUCCUCUUUCUUCUCUCAUUCUUUCCUUCCUGGUAUUUUUCGUUAUUCCUCUUCCUUCCUUUUUCCUUCCUUUCUUUCUGCCAGCUUUUCUUUCUGUCACAAAUUGUCUAUCUAUAUAUAUCUAUAUCUAUCUAUAUCCAUAAAUAUCUAUCUAUCUAUCUAUCUAUCUAUCUAUCUAUCUAUCUAUCUAUCUAUCUAUAAAUAUCUAUAUCUAUCUAUAUCCAUAAAAUUCAUUCUAUCUAUCUAUCUAUCUAUCUAUCUAUCUAUCUCUUUAAAAUAUUCAUCUAUCUAUAUUCAUCUAUAUCCAUAA